GAGUACGGGUGCCCUUGCAUCAGUGCAAGUCAAGGCACAUAGCAGAAACCACCGCCUGGAGGUAAAACCGCGCAGAGCUGGAUCUGCUGUUGUGUUGGAGGCCACUCUGAGAGAAGCAGCCGAGCUCGGUCUCUCUGUAUCCCACACCGUGGUCGAGUCAACACUGCAACAGUCUGACUACCCGCUCUCCAAGCCAACUUUUUUCUAUGCAACUGUUGCGCGUCUCCACUUUGGAUAGAAAUAGCCUGAUCACUGCGCGCCGCAGAGCGCAAAGGAUCUGAGAAGCUCAGGUUUGAACGAGUGGGAGAGAUCUCUCCUCCGGACUGCAAUACGAUGAGGAAAUUCUGAGGUGGCAGUACUCCUCCGUCCACUUUACGCUUCCUUUGGCUGUUGCCAAAGAGUUACCCCAUGAGCAGGUAUCCUCUUGAGUGUGAUUCUGUUUUCACCCAGAUCUCUGCUGCCUGGACAAAUGCAUACAAAUGCAUUUAGGAGCUCAACGGACAAGGAGUGGACACGUUUCCGCGGCAGCAACGUGGAACUUUAUCCUGCUCCUGUCAGUAUGCUCAGCAGUACUCUCUGGAGGAGACUACCUAGCUCAAGGAGUGGAUAUCCUCUAUCGAUUGGGGCUUACAGCUCAAAGCAGCACAGACAAUCCCUACGAGAGGACAAAUUCACCUUCGACUACUUAUACCACUGUUCCCUCACCUUUGAACCUUCCUGUUUUUGGAUAUGGGGUAUUACUCAACUCAAAUUCCCUCUAUGAGGCUCCAGCAGGCAGUCUGUUCCCACCGGAGAUUGGCGAGGAGUUUUCUGUUGUGGUCAGCCUAAACUCCUGGCGAGCAAACAAUGCUUUUCUUUUUAGUGUCAGAGAUGGCAGGGACAGGCUGCGUUUUGGCAUUCAGCUGCUGCCACGCAGAGUGGUGGUUUACACUGCAGAGAAAGCCCCCAUCUACUUCACCUACAACUGGCAGGAUGGGCGCCAGCACCCUUUUGCUGUUGGUGUUCGUGCACGCUCAGUGUCCUUCUAUGCGGAUUGUGGGGCAGUGCAGCAGCGGGAGCAGACCCUGGGGAGAUCUCAGACACUGGGGGAUUCUGGAGGUCUCUUCACUUUGGGGAGGAUGAACUCCAAAGCGGCACCAUUCUAUGGUCGAGUCUGCCAACUAGAUAUCUAUCCCUCAGCCCAAGCUGCCGCGCACUACUGCAACUACCUAAAAACACAGUGCCGGCUGGCCGACACUUACCGAUUGCCUUUGCCACAUCCUGGUUUGGAUAUUGAGGCAAAUGACCCUCCUUCUAACCCCAUGACAAAGUCCAUUGUUGGAGUAGCAGAUACCCAUCAAACCCCCAUAAAAGCCACAGCAGCUUUCAAACUGUCCCCAGGUAGUUUGGUCACACAGUAUUCAACUCUGAGCCCAUCAGUGCAACCUCAUCUGGGGGACCAGAGCCACAUUUCCACAUUGGAUUCCCUUGCCCACUCCACCACAUCCUCGCUUCAGCCUGCCAGCCCCACCUUAACCACUGUGAGUGGGCGAGCAGAUCUGGAUCUCGCCUAUAGCACAACUAUCACCACUACCAAAAAUGUGUUGGCAAAAGGGAGUAGCCCCCAAGGGGACACUGAUCACUCUGAAAACAGCACAGAGGAAGAGAGCAGCUCCGGGAGACUGCAGACUCCAGAUGCUACCGCAGGCCUGAUUUCCCCAGUCAGGCAAAGUCGAGUGAAGGAAGGACUCAGGAACAACUCCAUCACCAGCUCCAGGGACUCUCGGUUUGUGCCCCAACAUACCCAUCAGCUCCUAGAAACUCAUCUGAGAGCCAACGGCACCACUUUGUACCGGGAAAAUCAGGUGGACACCUCAGAACAGCAUGACCUGGAUGGCAGCUAUGAUGAUGUAGACAUCGGAUAUGAUUAUGGAUAUGAGGAGCCAGACUAUUUCUAUGACUACGAAGAUGGUUUCCGUGGCCCCAAAGGAGAGCCAGGUCCUCUGGGUCCUCCUGGUCCCCCUGGUUUACCUGGUCCUCCAGGAAAAAGAGGUUCUCGGGGUCCCACCGGUCCACAUGGAAACCCAGGACUGCCUGGACCACCUGGGCCCAAGGGUUCAAAGGGAGACCCCGGGCUGUCUCCAGGCCAGGCGCCACCAGGAGAGAAAGGCGACAGAGGCCCAACAGGUCUGCCUGGGCUGGAUGGAUUUCCAGGUUUAUUGGGUCCUAAAGGUUAUCCAGGGCCACCCGGACUGCCAGGAGAACAAGGCAUACCAGGACCUCCUGGGGAAGCCGGGGCUGCAGGUUACCCUGGCAGGCAGGGCUCAGCGGGGCCACAAGGUAACCCAGGGCCUAAAGGUGUCCGUGGUUUCAUUGGGCCUCCUGGUGUUGCAGGGCCACCGGGGCUGGAGGGGGAGAAAGGCAUUCCUGGUCCUGUUGGAAAACCUGGCCCCAAAGGAAGACACGGUGUGGUGGGUGAUGUAGGGGAGAGGGGGCCUCCCGGUCCUGAUGGCAAUGAGGGGCCUGUUGGUGGGACUGGCAUUAGCGGCUUUCCUGGCCUGAGGGGGGACCCGGGGCCUGAGGGACUGCGAGGACUGCCUGGUCUGGGGGGACCUCAGGGCCCAGCAGGACGAGCCGGCCUGCCUGGAUUGAAAGGUGAUAAGGGUGAAGUGGGACACAGGGGCCAACCAGGAGAGAUGGGGUACCAAGGUGAUAAGGGUGCUGCUGGUGCGCCUGGUCCUACUGGGCCAAGAGGGAAGCCAGGACCACCGGGUAGAAUUGGUGAGAUUGGGGCACAAGGACCACCUGGGCCUCCAGGACCAGAGGGGUUUCCUGGGGACAUUGGAGUACCAGGGCCCAACGGUCCACCUGGACCAAAGGGUUUGCAGGGUGCCAAAGGGCCCCAAGGCCCACGGGGGCCACAAGGAAUACAGGGUGAUGAAGGACCACUCGGCCCACCUGGCAGCGCUGGCCCUACUGGGAGACCUGGAAGGAAAGGCUACAUAGGCGAACCUGGCCCAGAGGGUUUAGAGGGAGAGAAAGGGGAUAUGGGAAAUGUUGGAAAAAUCGGACCACAAGGUCCACUAGGUCUUAUUGGGAUAGCUGGGGUGAUGGGAGUUCCUGGUGAAAAGGGUGACCGAGGACCAGCAGGUCCAACAGGUCCAGUCGGGGAGAAGGGGCCAAGGGGCUAUCCAGGGUUGCCAGGAAGUCCAGGGGACAUCGGCAUGCAAGGUGCACCUGGUCCACAGGGGCAGAGGGGUAGUCCAGGCAUUGCUGGGCCAAAGGGCAGGAGGGGGCCCCGGGGCCCAGAUGGCCCACUGGGAGAACCAGGCCCUGAGGGCAUCAAGGGUGAAAGUGGUGACCCUGGACAAAAAGGAGAGCCAGGAUUUAUAGGCAAGGCUGGCAGUCCAGGAGAGAGAGGCCCUCCUGGGAAGCAUGGUAAACCAGGUAUUCCGGGCAGCACUGGGGAGAGGGGACCGCAUGGUGAACCAGGACCCAAAGGACCUUCUGGAGAGGCUGGACCUGAUGGAGAACAAGGGCCUGAAGGAGGGCCUGGUGCAGAGGGGGAACCAGGUGCCAUUGGAGAGCCGGGGUUAAAGGGUGAUGUUGGGCCUCCAGGAGCUGAAGGGGAGCAGGGACAGGAGGGAAUGAGGGGUCCUUCUGGUCCCCCUGGAGAAGACGGCCCUCAAGGAAAAGAUGGAGCCAAGGGUGAGCCUGGUGAACGUGGACCAUUUGGAGAGCCAGGGGACAAAGGCUUAGAAGGGGACCCUGGGCCGCCUGGACCACCCGGAGAGCCUGGGAAACAGGGCUUCCGUGGACCGGAAGGAAAAUUAGGGCCCCCAGGGAACAGAGGACGACAUGGCAAGAAGGGAGAGCGAGGUCCUGCAGGCCUUGCCGGUGAGAUUGGCACACGAGGAGACAUUGGCCAGCCAGGCGAGCCGGGGCUGAAAGGCGCCAGGGGAACUCGAGGCACACCAGGUCGGCCUGGAGUAAUGGGAAUAGAAGGGCAACCAGGACUAGCAGGAUACACAGGUCACCCUGGCAAGCCUGGGCCUAUUGGACCACCAGGGCCUAAAGGUGAAAAGGGUUAUCCAGGCGAGGACAAUAAGAUCCCAGGACCGCCAGGGCCCUUAGGUGAACCAGGGUCCCCAGGAGAACGAGGAGAGCGUGGAGAGCCAGGGGAUGAAGGAUAUCAGGGCCGUAUUGGUACCACUGGAUCUCGUGGAGCUGUUGGACCACAAGGCCCACCUGGAUCACCUGGCUUCCCUGGAGAACCAGGUCCAAAAGGAGAGAUAGGAGCUCCGGGCUCAGCAGGAAAGAAAGGAGCAAGGGGGCUGAGUGGAGCUCCUGGCAUUGAAGGGCCGAUUGGUUUACCUGGACUUGUGGGAAUGAAGGGUUACCCAGGGCCUGAUGGUCCCCCAGGACUGAUUGGCUUACCAGGAUUACCAGGAAAACAAGGACGACAGGGUCAGAGAGGCUUGGUGGGACAAGAGGGAACUGCUGGACGUCCAGGUCCCAGGGGAGAGGUUGGACUACCUGGACAACCCGGAGAAAGAGGACCUCUUGGUCACAAGGGAGAACCAGGACUGCCAGGGGACAGGGGAGCCUCAGGAAUCAAAGGCAUGGAGGGGGCUACAGGUGACCAGGGCAGGAAAGGUGACCUGGGACCCAAAGGACAACCAGGGGAAACUGGAGAUCUGGGAAUGGUCGGUUUACAGGGCUUUCCAGGGCCAAUGGGGCCGAAUGGUGAUUUGGGAUUGAGAGGCUUCCCUGGCCCUAAAGGCCCAAUGGGUACUCUGGGAUUUACUGGACCUGUAGGCCCUGAAGGAAUGAUGGGCCCAAUGGGAAAACCUGGGCCAAGGGGUCCAAAGGGAAUCAAUGGCGAAAUAGGGCCUCAAGGACCACAGGGAAGUCCAGGACCUAGAGGACCUCCUGGUGCUCCAGGUCCAACAAGGCAGAUAUUCGAUGACUUGGCAGCCUACGGUCUAACUGACUCUAACGCUGCCCUCAGGACAGAGAGUUUCCAGAACACAGAGAUGAGCCUGCCAGACCAGAAUACAGAGAUACUUAAGACUCUUCGUUACCUAAGCCGUGUAAUUGAGAGCAUCAAAAAGCCUCUGGGCACUCGGGAGAACCCGGCUCGUGUCUGUAAAGAUCUGCUUGAUUGUCAUCACAAGCUCAAAGAUGGUUGGUUCUGGAUUGAUCCAAACUUGGGUUGUACCUCUGAUGCCUUCAAGGUCUUCUGUAACUUUACUGCAGGAGGGCAGACCUGUUUAUAUCCGGUGGCCUCUAAUAAGAUGGUGUUUGGUGAAGGGAAAGUCCAAAUGAAGUUUCUCCAUUUACUGAGUACUGAGGCCAGCCACAGCAUCACACUCCACUGCCUGAAUGAGCCUCCCUACGGAACCACAGACAGCUUCAGCUCCACUGGAUCCAUACCGCAAGAGAACACCACACUUCGAUUUCGUGGCUGGAACAAACAGAUGUUUGAGGAAGACACACUACUUGAACCACAUGUGCUACAAGACGAGUGCAAGAUCCAAGAUGGCAGCUGGCACCAAUCACGUUUCUUCUUCCAUGCUCAGGACAGUCGUCAGCUACCUAUUGUAGACAUACAGGAAUUUCCCACAUCACAGCCCAACAGUCAGCGGCAUAUAGAAAUCGGUCCAGUCUGCUUCCUCUGACACCAACAUCACCGUCCUGUAACCUAUUUACAUAAACUACUAAAAUGCAAGGCUGUUACAAAAAAUGGCUGCCUACCAAAGAGUGAGGGUCCAUCAGAGUUUGUCGUGUUCCUUGGAAACCGUUAAUGGGACCUGUCAGAGCAACAACUGCCCAAUGUCCAGAUCUACAUGGAAGAACUCAAUCUCUGUGGAACAUCCAGGCCAAGAAGGCCAAAGGAGAACAGUGUAUACCAAUAUUUAUCAAUAAUUGUGUAAAGUAUGUUUUGUCAAUAGUUGUCAGUCAAACGGUCCUUAGGUUGGCUGUAUAUGGGCCAAUAUUACUCCCUGAUCGCAGGGUAGGGCCUUACUAAGCAGCAGCCUAUCCAAACCCCUAAAACUCACACCUCCCUCUCACCCCUCACCCCCAAACACACCCAGACCAUCCUAAGCAGAGGCCUAACCCGAAGGAGCGUUUCAGGCCUCUACGUAGGAGCACUGUCUAACUAAAGGUUUUUAUGAGUGCAAUAGCAUGUGGAUAAUGUGUGACUGCUUUAAAUAUUUCAUUUUUUGAUCAAAGGCUAUAUUUUACAUUGUUUUCAUGAUAUUUUUGUCUUCGGUCCUGCCCAGUAGGACCUGUACAUCUUGACAGAUGGUGCUCUACCUCUACCUGCUCAUUUGCUUUCUAGAAUAGUUGCUAAUGUCAAGUUAGUCUUUUUUUUGCCUUUGUGUUGUAUGUACCGGUUACAUCAAGAUUUGUUAUGUUGUAUAAGUACUUAUUUUGAUUUGGUCAUUUCUAAUUUAUGAACCAUUUUUUGAUACACUACAUUUGUAGCUUUUCCGUCUAUGUGGUAGGUUCUUCAGGGGAAACCUAUCAUUGGUGCUGCAACAAAGAAUGAGUCAUCAGUGAGUUUUUACAUUUCCUGUGUAUAUAUUGACAGCAUACUGUAUGUUUAUUUAUAUCCUUUUUGUUUUUUGUUCACAUUACUGUACCACAGUAAGUUAUACUCUCAGAGAACUAUUUGGUCAACCACAACUCAGUCUAAAGAAGUAUUUAUGUUUAAAAGGAGUGUGUGUGUGUGUGUGUUCACACCUGUGACUGUAUGUUUAUCAUACUGUUAUUUCAGUUCAUUCAAUGGUGGUUAAGUGGACUGGCAGCUAUAGUAGGCCAGAGUCAGAAUACACAGAAAACACAGUCAUCAUUAUUCUUAAGUUAUAUUACUUUGAACAAAGUGUAAUUAUAUAAAGUCUGUGGAGGAUAAAGUUGGAUGCAAAUGUGUAAAUAAUAAAUAAGUUGACAAACAAAUAAAUAAAACAUUUUAUCCACAAA